AUGCCCUCGCCAUCAGACUCCAGCAGCGUGGCAUCGGCCUCAGGGUCCCGGGGUUGGUCGGACAGUCGUCGGGGCAUCUCGGGUCGAGGCCCCGGGGGAGCGCGCUUGCUCCUAUACCUAGGUCUGUGCCACCUGGGCCUGGGCGCCAUGGUCCUGGCUUUCUCCUUCACCAGCAUGGCCUUCACCUCAUCUGCUCGCGUAAGGCAGUCCUGUCCCUUCUGGGCUGGAUUUUUUGUGGUGGCGUCGGGGAUUGUUGGCAUUAUCUCAUGGAGGAGACCUUUAACACUGGUGGUGUCUCUGUUCAUGCUGCUGUCUGCAGUGUGUGUGAUCCUUAGUCUUGCUGGCUCUAUGCUCUCCUGUCAGAACGCACAGAUGGUCAAGUCCAUGCUCACUUGUCAGGUGGAGAAUGGCCGUUGCAUAUGUUGUGUACCCCCUGAAUCCUGCUCCAGCAAAGAGGAUGGAACUCUCGUCCUCAAUCUUAAUUCGGACUGCCACUCCAUAAGACAUCAACUGAAAGACUUGUUGUUUAGCGCUUGUGGUCUGAGCAUUCUUUCCACCAUCAUCUGUACACUGUCCACAGUCACGUGCAGCAUCCACAUUUUUUCCCUAGACCUUGUGCACCUGCUGGCGCCCCAUCGUUCUCGAUCCGUCAAUCCGGAAUGCACCACUCCUCAGGAUGCUUUCCUUACCAACAUCAUGGACUUCGAUGAGUUUGUUCCGCCUAUUCCGCCGCCUCCUUACUAUCCUCCCGAAUACACCUGCAGCUCAGAAACAGACGCUCAAAGUAUCACCUACAAUGGCUCCAUGGAGAGCCCUAUUCCGCUCUACCCGACUGACUGUCCUCCUCCAUAUGAAGCAGUGAUGGGGCAAAGAGCUGCCAGUCAAGCAACUAUGUUUGACCAACACGGUGCUGAGCUGUCUGGCGAGCGUGCAACCUCUACAGCAUUCAGUGGAGAAGUCUCAAUGGACAGCGGAUCUCUGCUCAUGUCAGAAAUAGUAGACAUUCCAGAUGAUUCGUCUCCGUCCGAGGACUCCUGUCUGCUGGAGGUAGCGCUGAGGAACCAAGGCGGCAGGACCAGCAGGGCGGUCAGCGAGGUGAGCGAAGGUCCAGAUGGAGGAACGGAGCGCAUAAGCCUCCGUGGUCCUCGGUCGCAAACACCGGAGAGUCCUCUGGCUGGAGGACCAAGGGCCAGACGUUUCCUCAGAGGAGAGCGGUCCAACUCUUGCUCUUCACCCAGCACUGCAACCACCAUAUACAGGUCUCCACUAUUGCGGCGCCAGGCCACACUAGCUAGAAGCUGUUCCCAGUUGGAGGCCGUAGCUGGGUCCGCCUCGCAACAGAAAACCUCUGUGCCAGACAUCCUAGUUCGUCCCUCUACUCCUUUGCGUCAGGCAGCUGCUCAAGACGCCUGUCCUCCUCUCACCGAGAAUAGUGUUGGACCUCCUUUACAGCGCCAGCCGCUGUACCUGCGACGACGGGCAGCACGGAAUAGAAAUGACAAUGAAGGCCUGCUACGCAUUACGAGGUCACGUAGUGAACCGGUGCUCAACUCCUCUUCAGGUUUAGGUCCAUCCCCUGAGACGCUGCUCCUGCCGCGUACAUCUUUGCAACCGGCUACUGCUUUGCCAACAAAAGACACCAUGAAAUCCACAGACCCAGGUGUGCAAGUUCCCUCCAAAGCUCCGGUAUCACCUCUACGUUUACCCAGAGAAUACCACCGCUCCCUUGGAGACCUCAAGGUGACUCGAGUUCUUGUGGCUCGCUUCCUGCAGCGCUCCAAACGCAACCUGGCGCCCUCCUCUGAGCAUGCUGGGAGCGCAGGGCAGGUACCGAAAAGGAGGGCAGGAGCUGAGGGCACCGUCACCAACCAUCUGUCGUUGGAACAAGUUUGGCGAGCCCCUUGGAGCACCAGUCGAGGACAACCCAACCACCACUCCCACCAGCGCACCCACCAUCACUCCCACAGCGACAGCCGACACAACCGCAGCCACAGCGGCCGCGCCCCAGAAGGCAUCCACCUACGUAGCUGUGGGGAUUUAAACUCUUCGUCCUCUGUAUCUGCACGCCGGUUAGUGUCUCCUCAUCUGCAGCGUGGUUCGUCAGGAGCACUUUACUCAGAGUCUGCCCUGUGA